GGCUGCCCCGACGCGUUUUGUCAAUUUCCCACUCUGGGCUAAUUAACCCUUUGCCAUUCACCUCCUCUCGACUUUGUCUUCCUUCCUCCUUUCUGAUUCUUCCUUACUUGCUCCCUACUUCUCAGCUCUCAACUACACCUCAUCUCUCAAUCAGCUACUUCUCAUCCCUUUCUUCACCUCACCUCACCUCACCUCACCCUCGACUCACUUCCACUCCCACACCACACACAAUGGAGACCCCCGCAGGCCGCGACCUUCAAGACGCCGUUCUCGAAGACCGGACGCGCAAGUUCCAGGAAUUUCUCGAAGACAGAACACAUGCGACAGACUACCGCGACCUCAUCCGGCUCAUGCUCGUGCGCGACGAGCGACGGCUCGUCGUCGAUCUUGAUGAGGUCCGCGACUUUGAUCGUGAGUUUUGGCAGGGACUACUGGACACCCCCGGCGAGUUUCUACCCGCUGCAGACAGGGCACUCCAGCUAACCGUCGUCGCGAUCGCGGAAGCCCGCCACAACGUCGGCGAAAGCGAUGUCUUCUACGUCGCCUACCGCGGCAGCUUCGGCGACCACGCCGUCAACCCGCGCACCAUCUCGGCCAGCCACGUCGGCAAACUGCUCAGUCUCGAAGGCAUCGUGACCCGGUGCUCGCUCGUGCGGCCAAAAGUCGUGCGCUCGGUGCACUACUGCGCAAAGACGGACCGGUUCCAUGCGCGCGAGUACUACGACCAGGCGAUGGCGAGCACGUCGACGUUUGUCGGCUCGGUGUAUCCGACCGAGGACGCGGACGGAAACCCGCUGACGACAGAGUACGGAUACUGCACGUACCGCGACCAUCAGACAAUGUCGAUCCAGGAGAUGCCCGAGCGCGCGCCCGCAGGCCAGCUGCCGCGCAGCAUAGACGUCAUUCUCGACGACGACCUGGUCGACACCGUCAAGCCCGGCGACCGCAUCCAGCUCGUGGGCAUGUACAAGUCUAUGGGCAGCCGCUCGAGCUCGAAGGACGGCGGCGGCUCGGCGCAGUUCAAGACGGUCAUUCUCGCAAACAAUAUCGUGCUGCUGUCGUCCAAGGCCAACGGAGGAGUUGCAAGAGCACGUAUCUCGGAUAUCGAUGUCCGGAAUAUCAACAGAGUCGCAAAGAAGCGCAAUGUGUUUGAGCUGCUCUCCCAGUCGCUCGCGCCUUCGAUCUACGGACACGACUACAUCAAGAAGGCGAUUUUACUCAUGCUUCUCAGCGGUAUGGAAAAGAACCUCGAGAACGGAACACAUAUCCGUGGAGAUAUCAAUAUCUUAAUGGUCGGAGAUCCAUCGACUGCCAAAUCGCAGCUCCUGCGCUUCGUCCUCAACACGGCUCCCCUCGCCAUCGCCACCACCGGCCGCGGCUCGUCCGGCGUCGGUCUCACGGCGGCAGUAACCUCUGACAAAGAAACCGGCGAGCGCAGACUCGAAGCCGGCGCGAUGGUGCUCGCGGACCGCGGCGUGGUCUGCAUCGACGAGUUCGACAAGAUGAGCGACGUCGACCGCGUGGCGAUCCACGAAGUCAUGGAGCAGCAGACGGUGACGAUCGCAAAGGCGGGGAUCCACACGUCGCUGAAUGCGCGGUGCUCGGUGAUUGCGGCGGCGAAUCCCGUGUUUGGCCAGUACGAUACGCAUAAGGACCCGCACCGCAACAUCGCGCUGCCGGACUCGCUCUUGUCUAGAUUCGAUCUGCUGUUUGUCGUCACGGACGAGGUCGAGGACGCGCGCGACAGAGCGAUCAGCGAGCAUGUCCUGCGCAUGCAUCGCUAUGUCAAGGCCGGGACCGAGGAAGGUAUCCCGGUCCGCGAGGACUCAGGCCCGAGCAUGCAGGCCAACGGCGGCGCGAAGGAGGACGCAGACGAGCACAAGGUGUACGAGAAGUUUGACGCGCUGCUGCACGCGGGCGUCACGACGCGGACAAAGUUUAACGGCCAGCACAAGAUCGAGGUGCUGAGCAUCCCGUUCAUCAAAAAGUACUUGCACUACGCCAAGAUGCGCGUGCGGCCGGUGCUCUCGCAGAACGCGGCAGACUACAUUGUAAACACCUACGCGGGCCUGCGCAACGACGAGCUCAGCGCGCAGCAGCGCAAGACGUCGCCCAUCACCGCGCGCACGCUCGAGACGCUCAUCCGUCUUGCGACCGCGCACGCAAAGGCGCGGCUGUCGCAGCGGGUCGAGCGCAAGGACGCCAAAGUCGCCGAGCAGAUCCUGCGGUUCGCGCUGUUCAAGGAGGUCGUGCGCGCGGAGCGUAAGAAGCGCCAGCGCGUGAACGAGGACAGCAGCGACGAGGAAGAAGACGAGGACGACGAGGACGACGAGGACGACUCGGCGACGUUCAGGAGCUCAGCCGUGCCGAGCUCGCAGUCUACGCGCCAGCUCCGGGGUAGCAGCAGCAACGGCCGCGCCUACGACGAGUCGAUGACUUCAGUCGUCGACGACGAGGACGCGGCGCCGCAGGAUAACUUCCAGCUGCUGGCGCAGGCGGUCGAGGCUAUGGGUGUGUCUGACGGCGCCGCGGGGAGCAGCAGCAUGGCGGGCCAGCAGCCGGGCACAGGGGUGUCGAACUCGCGCGCGCAGCUGUUUACGCGGAUCAUGGGACAGCUGCUGAACACGCCGCUGUUUGCGGACGAGUACGCGUCUGUCGAUGUGCUGGUUGCGGAGGUCAACAAGCGGAUGGAGCAGGAGGAUUUGUUUAGUGAGCAGGAGGCAACGGCGGCGCUGAGGAAGAUGAAUGACCGGAACCAGAUUAUGUUGUCGGGCAAUAUGGUGUAUAAGAUUUGAGGAGUUUGCUAGUGUGUUGUUUGUAUUUUUUUAGUUGUUUGUAUUUGUCUGUUUAAUUGUGGGGUAAGCUGUAGGGCUGUUUUAUUGCUAUUAAUGAAUUAUCAGGGUCAGAAAGGUGUUGUAGUUGUAGAUUAUGCAAGUAGUCCAGAAUAGGUAAUUGUCGGGAUUCGGAUGCGCAGAGGAUCCGAGAUGGGAGAGGUGAUAAUUGUGGCGAAGUAGCGUCGUCGCGCGCCGAAGGGUUGUCGUUGGAUGACAUAAUGAGGGGAUAAGCGAUGGAUAAGUGGAAGGUAAG